CCCGUGACGACGAUGACCAACGCCGACGGAGAGGAGCAGUGCCCGAUCUGCAAGACCCUACGAUACAUGAACCGCAACCUCAUCUUCCUCAUCAACCCCGAGUGCUACCACCCGCUCUGCAACAACUGCGUCGACCGCCUCUUCGAGAACGGGCCCAACCAGUGCCCCUACAUUGGCUGCCACAAGACGCUACGGAAGAAGGGCUUCCGCGAGCCCAAGUUUGGCGACCUCAACGUCGAGCGCGAGGUCGACAUCCGCAAGCGCGUCGCCGCCAUCUUCAACAAGGGCGAGGAGGACUUUGAAGACCUCAAGGCCUACAACGACUACCUCGACAUGGUCGAGACGCUGACCAUGGACCUGGUCUACGGUUCCGAGAAGGAGCAAGACGCUGCCAGCCAGCGGCUCCUGGCGUGGGAGUACGAGCACCGCCUCGAGAUCGAGAAGAACCGCAAGCACGGCGAAAGGCUCCGCGAGCAGACCCGCAAGCAGUUCGCCGCCGAGCAAAAGGCCGCCGCCCAGCGCCGAGCCGACGCCGCGCGCCAGGAGGAGGAGGAGCGCCUGCGCAAGGCCCGCCAGCGCGAGGAGGACCUGGACAUGCUCGCCAGCGCGCCCACCGGCGCCGCGAGCAAGAUCAUGCUCAAGAAGCGCGGGCAGAACCGCAGGGAGGCCGUGGCGGAGAGCGAGGCCGCGGCCAUGCGGGCGGCCCAGCACGCCGCUGCCAACGGGGGUCUUGCGAUCAAGGGCCUGAAGAGGAAGCCCAACGCGGCCGCGUCUGCCGCCGCCGAGGACACGGGGCCCUACGAUCCCCUUGGCAAGCUGGACCUGCGGCCCUCGCGCUACGUGCUCCAGCCGACGUACAAGAACGAGUUUCUCGACACCCUGCUGCAGGACCCCAAGCUCCAGGCGGGCGGCUACAAUGUGCAGGAGUACUACUCCCGCGCCCUGUUUGAGGCCUUUGCCGGCUUGGCGGUGUUUGUGAGCGACGAGAAGGAGACGGGCGGCGUAGGGAUGGACCAUCGCGGUGUGGCCACGCAGGGGGCCAGCAUGGCUGCC